AUGGUCGGACGGGUUAUCGACAUGCGGCAUAUUGACCGCAAGGAGCUGUACACCAGCCUGGAUGCCCGGAUCCAGUACCUGCACAGCUUCCUGGACUUUAGCAGCACGGACAUUGACCAUCUGGUCGCGGGCGCCAAAUACAUCAAGGUGCUGAUCCCGGCGGUGACGAACAUUGUGUACCGCAAGCUGCUGCAGUACGACAUUACGGCGCGGGCGUUUGAGACGCGGUCGACGUCGUUUGAGGGUCCGCUGGACGCAGUGCCGGCCGAAGACUCGCCGCAGAUCCUGCAUCGCAAGAUGUUUCUGCGGGCGUAUCUGGCGCGUCUGUGCAGCGACCCGUCGCAGAUGACGUUCUGGGAGUAUCUCGACAAAGUCGGCAUGAUGCACGUCGGUCUCGGGCGAGCGCAUCCGCUGCACGUCGAGUACAUUCACAUUGGCGCGACCCUGUCUCUGAUCCAGGACGUGUUGACCGAGGCGGUCCUCAGCCAUCCGCGUCUCUCGAUGGGCCGCAAGAUGGGCCUCGUCAAGGCGCUCGGCAAGGUCAUCUGGAUCCAGAACGACCUGUUUGCCAAGUGGUACGUGCGCGACGGCGAGGAGUACACGGACGGCGUCGACUACAGCAAGCUCAUCGACCGCGAGGGCUUCCUGCACGGCCAGCGCAUCCUUGCCGCCGACGAGAGCGAGAAGAGCAGCGAGCGCGGCGACGACGACAGCGAGCAGGGCACGGAGCGCGGCGAAACAGCCGCCCUGCCCGCUGACGGCGUCUGUCCGUUUGCCAGCAUGGCCAAGACCAUGGCGCCCAGCCUCAAGGCCGCCGGCAGCGCGAUACCGGUGCCGGUCAUCGUGGCCGAUCCGGCUCCUGGCACACAGAAAUAG